GUGACUCUGGGGGGAAAUCCCUAUAUUUUGGUAGUGGGAACGCUCAGCACCCGUGUUGUGUCCCAGGAGAAGGCUUUUCUCUGGAAAGCCACGGAUUUAUGGCUCCAAACGGAGCGCUGUCCAUGGGGCAAAAGCAGCAGGAUGGGGUUGGGGGUCUGCCUGGCGGGCAGGAGGGGCUGCCAGACCCCCUCCUCACCCCGGCCCCGGUGCUCCCGUUCCUCUCCCAGCCUGGAAUCGUGUCCCCGUUCAAGCGAGUGUUCCUGAAGGGGGAGAAGGGCCGGGACAAGAAGGCUCAGGAGAAGGUGACCGAGCGGCGGCCGCUGCACACGGUGGUGGUGGCGCUCCCCGACCGCGUGGAGCCCGACCUGCUGCUCCACGACUACAUCGAGAAGGAAGUCAAGUAUUUAGGGCAGCUCACUUCCAUCCCGGGGUACCUGAACCCCUCCAGCCGCACGGAGAUCCUGCACCUGAUCGACAACGCCAAGAGAGCCCACCAGCUCCCAGGGCAGCUGAGCCCGGAGCACGACGCCGUCAUCAGCCUCUCUGCCUACAACAUCAAGCUGGUGUGGAGGGACGGGGAGGACCUGAUCCUCAGGGUGCCCAUCCACGACAUCGCCUCCGUGUCCUACAUCCGGGACGACUCCGCACACCUGGUGGUGCUCAAGACGGCCCAGGAUCCCGGGAUCUCGCCGAGCCAGAGCCUGUGUGCCGAGGGCUCCAAGGCGCUGACGUCGGGCUCGCUGUCGGAGAGCGCCGGGGGGCCCCUGGAGUGCUGCUGCCUGGUGGUCCUGGCCACGGAGAACAAGGUGGGUGCCGAGGAGCUGUGCUCCCUGCUCAGCCAGGUCUUCCAGAUCGUUUACACCGAGUCCACCAUCGACUUCCUGGACCGCGCCAUCUUCGACGGCGCCUCGACGCCCACACGGCACCUGUCCCUGCACAGCGAUGACUCUUCCACCAAAGUGGACGUGAAGGAGCCCUUCGAGGCAGAUGCCAGCACUUUUUCCUUUGCAGACACGCUGGAAGCGGGGGACACGUCCCCGUCCUCCUUCUCGGCACAGCCGUCCCCACACGUCACCACGGCCAGCGAGAGCGAGCUCAGCACCACGGCCACCGAGCUGCUCCAGGACUACAUGAUGACGCUGCGCACGAAGCUGUCCUCGCAGGAGAUCCAGCAGUUUGCCAUGCUGCUGCACGAGUACCGCAACGGGGCCUCCAUCCACGAGUUCUGCAUCAACCUCAAGCAGCUCUACGGGGACAGCAGGAAAUUCCUGCUCCUGGGCCUGCGUCCCUUCAUCCCCGAGAAGGACAGCCAGCACUUCGAGAACUUCCUGGAGACCAUCGGGGUGAAGGACGGCCGCGGCAUCAUCACGGACAGCUUCGGCCGCUACCGCCGCUCGCUGGGCGCCGCCUCCGCCUCCAACGGCACCGGCGCCGCCGGCAGCUCCGACGAGCAGUCCGUGCCCUCGGAGGAGGACGAGUGGGACCGGAUGAUCUCCCACAUCAGCAGCGACAUCGAGGCCCUGGGCUGCAGCCUGGACCGGGACUCGUCCUGACGGAGCCCGGCCCCGCAGCCGCUCCCGGGGCUGCCCCCGGGGGGACGCCUGGGGCUGCCCCCCGAGCGUGGAGCUGAUCCCGGGACACGGAGCUGGUCCUGGAGGGACCCCAGGACACAGAGCUGCCCCUGGGGGGACGCCUGGGGCUGCCCCCCAUGUGUGGAGCUGAUCCCAGGACAUGGAGCUGGCCCUGGAGGGACCCCGGGACACAGAGCUGCCCCUGGGGGGAUGCCUGGGGCUGUCCCCCGAGCGUGGAGCUGAUCCUAGGACACGGAGCUGGUCCUGGAGGGACACCUGGGGCUGUCCCCCAUGUGUGGAGCUGAUCCCAGGACAUGGAGCUGGCCCUGGAGGGACCCCGGGACAUGGAGCUGCCCUGGGGGAACACCUGGGGCUGCCCCCCGAGCAUGGAGCUGAUCCCAGGCUGAUCCCAGGACACGGAGCUGCCCUCGGGGGGACAUGGAACGUGGAUCUGCCCCAAGGGAACUCUGGAGGUGCCCAACACCACCAACCUGUGCCCUCACGGAGAUCCUGGAACAUGGAGACGCCCUCAGAGGGCUCCCAGACCCCUCCUGUGGGGUCUGGGGGCUCCAGAAAGGGGGUCUGCACUGCCCCAGCCUCAUUCCCAGCUCCAGGGGCUCCAGCUGGGGCUGGGGGGACAGACCUGGGUUUGGAUUUUGGGGGCAGAUCUGCUCCUGAGGGAUGUCCUGAGUGUUGGGAUCCGUUCCCAAGGGGCUGGAUCUGCUCCCCCCCAGUUUACAGUUUGCACAGCGGGUCCCCCAGAACUGCCCUCGCCUCCCCCCCCAAAUGAAGUUGUACCACAAUGUGAAUUUUUUCACCCUCUCA